ACUUACCGUUGUAUUGUUUGGCAUGGUAUAUUUCAACACCCGCCGUGCGGUCAUACUAAAACUGGCCGACUCAAAAAAUGGAAACGAUCAACCCCACGUUUUCGUAUCUCACCAACCUGGAGGUGAUGCAGAUUCUGCAGAAAAUCAAGAGCACAAAAAAGAAGUUCGGCAUGCGAAACUUGGCCACGGUUACCUAUGAGGCUCUUCAGUAUCUGGAGGAGUCACCCUGCAAAACCCAAACCCGCGAGAACAUCAUGAACUAUGUAAAGGACCUUUCCUCCUAUCGACUGAAGUCCCACGAGGUCCUUCAAAUGAUCAAUGAUCCGCCAACAAGUGCUCUUCAUACGCAGCUGCUCAUCGACGACAAUAAGGCUCCACUUACCGAUGAGGAGAACGAGAAGAUAAUCCAGCUGAGCUACAAGCACUUCCAUGGUGGAGAAACUAAGGAUACACCGGUUGAAAAACCAGCAGAAGCAACUGGGAAGACAACGGGCAAGCAAUCUGGGAAGCGAGCUAAGAACAAUCCAGCGGCUGAAUCCACUCCAGCAGCUGGAACUGCUUCUCUAGCAACGGAAACCGCUCCAGCAGCCACAAAAACUGCUCCCCCACCAACGGAAAUCGCUUCAGCAGCCACAGAAACUGCUCCCCCUGCAACCGAAGCUGCUCCCCAAGCAAUGGAAACAGAUCCGCCAGCCACUGAAGCUUCUCCCCCAGCUGAUGCUGUUCCCUCAGCAGCGGAAACAAAUCAAGUAGAUGCGGAAAACCCCCCGGAGCCGCCAACUAAAUAACUCACAUGCUUAUUACGUUUAACGUUUCAUAUUUUUAUGUUUGAUGUAGCGUAUAAAAUAAGCUAAAAAAUUGA